GAAUGGCAAUGAGUCGUGUUGUAUUUGUGGCGAAAAAAUCUUGUAUGCCCAUUGGAAUUGGCCCCGCCUUGUUAAAUUUUACUUAAUUUGAGCUGCUGGAGGCAUGAUAAGGAGCCCAGCAUGACGGAGAAGAUUACGCUAGCCGACGCGCUGUCCAAUGUGGAGGUGCUGGACGAGCUUUCACUGCCGGACGAGCAGCCGUGCAUCGAGGCGCAGCCCUGCUCGAUUAUCUAUAAGGCAAACUUCGACACGAAUUUCGAGGAUCGAAAUGGAUUUGUCACAGGAAUUGCAAAGUACAUCGAGGAGGCCACCACCCAUGCCAACUUGAAUGUGCUCUUAGACGAAGGGCAAAAACAUGCAGUAAUGCUAUACACCUGGCGCUGCUGUUCCCGCGCCAUUCCGCAGCCCAAGUCCAAUGAGCAGCCUAAUCGUGUGGAGAUCUACGAGAAAACGGUGGAAGUUUUGGCACCCGAGGUUAAUAAGCUACUGAAUUUUAUGUACUUCCAACGAAAAGCCAUCGAAGCCUUUUCUGGCGAGGUGAAGCGUCUGUGUCACGCAGAGAAACGUAAGGACUUCGUGUCGGAGGCUUACCUGCUGACCCUCGGCAAAUUUAUCAACAUGUUUGCCGUGCUAGACGAGCUGAAGAACAUGAAGUCCAGCGUGAAGAACGAUUACUCCACGUACAGGCGAGCCGCACAAUUCCUUAAGGUGAUGUCCGACUCACACACACUUCAAGAGUCGCAGAAUCUCUCCAUGUUCCUGGCAACUCAGAACAAGAUUCGCGACACUGUCAAAGACACGCUGGAGAAGAUCGUUGGCUACGAAGAUCUGCUCUCUGAUGUGGUUAACAUCUGUGUGCACAUGUUCGAAACAAAGAUGUACUUGACCCCGGAGGAAAAGCAUAUGCUUGUAAAGGUCAUGGGCUUCGGCCUGUUCCUUAUGGACAGUGAUGCGUGCAAUAUCAACAAGCUUGAUCAGAAGAAAAAGAUCCGCCUGGAUCGUAUUGAUCGUAUCUUCAAAAACUUAGAGGUUGUGCCUCUGUUUGGUGACAUGCAGAUUGCACCUUUUAACUAUAUAAAGCGGAGCAAGCACUUUGAUUCCAGCAAAUGGCCGCUAUCCAGCUCGAACGCCAUCAGCCCCCAAGCGGAUUUGAUGGUGCACCUUCCGCAGAUACGUGAAGAUCACGUUAAGUACAUUUCGGAGCUGGCGCGAUACACAAAUGAGGUGACCACCACUGUCAAGGAGAAUCCCUCAGAUGCUGAGAACAGGAUUACGGCCGACCUUGCGCUGCGCGGUCUGCAACUGUUAUCCGAAUGGACCAGCGUGGUCACCGAGCUGUAUUCUUGGAAGCUUCUUCACCCCACAGAUCAUCACCAGAACAAGGAGUGCCCCGUUGAAGCCGAGGAGUACGAGCGGGCCACCCGUUACAACUAUACCUCGGAGGAAAAGUUCGCGCUCAUCGAGGUGAUCGCCAUGAUUAAGGGACUGCAGGUGUUGAUGGCUCGCAUAGAAACCGUGCUCUGCGAGGCUAUUCGGCGUAAUAUCUACUCCGAGUUGCAGGACUUUGUUCAGCUUUCUCUUCGUGAACCACUGCGUAAGGCAGUAAAAAACAAGAAGGACCUUAUCCGGAGCAUUAUUAUGUCGGUGCGCGAGACCUCGGCCGACUGGCAGAAAGGCUAUGAACCUACUGAUGACCCAGUGGCCAAGGGAAAGAAAGAUCCAGAUGGUGGGUUUCGCAUCGUCGUUCCGCGUCUCAAUGUGGGCCCCUCCUCUACGCAGCUGUACAUGGUGCGCACCAUGCUAGAGUCAUUAAUUGCUGACAAAAGCGGAGGCAAGCGCACACUGCGCAAAGACAUCGACGGAAAUUGCCUGCUGCAGAUCGACACGUUUCACAAGACUUCAUUUUACUGGAGCUAUCUGCUAAACUUCAGCGACACGCUCCAAAAGUGCUGCGAUCUCUCGCAACUGUGGUAUCGUGAGUUCUACUUGGAGAUGACUAUGGGUCGUAAGGUAAACAAGUGCUUGGUCCGUCAUCAGCACAACGAAGAAUGUAAGGAUCUUAUCACCAUGGAGAAGCGCAUUCAGUUCCCAAUUGAGAUGUCCAUGCCAUGGAUCCUUACCGAUCAUAUUCUACAAACGAAAGAGCCUUCGAUGAUGGAAUUUGUUUUGUAUCCUCUGGAUUUGUACAACGACUCGGCGUAUUACGCCCUCACUGUCUUCCGAAAGCAGUUCCUCUACGACGAGGUGGAGGCCGAAGUCAAUCUGUGUUUCGACCAGUUUGUUUAUAAACUUAGCGAACAGAUUUUCGCCCACUACAAGCAGUUGGCAGGUAGCAUUUUCCUGGACAAGCGAUUCCGCUUAGAGUGCGAGGUACUCGGUUUCAAUUUCCAAUCAUAUCCCCGCAACAACCGUUAUGAGACUCUGUUAAAACAACGACAUGUCCAACUGUUGGGUCGUUCUAUUGACUUGAACAAACUUAUCACACAACGGAUAAACGCGAACAUGCACAAGAGCAUUGAGUUGGCCAUAAGCCGUUUCGAGGGCAACGACAUUACCGGCAUUGUGGAACUUGAAGGUCUACUAGAAGCUAAUCGAAUUUGCCACAAGUUGUUAAGCAAAUACUUGGCCCUGGAUAACUUUGAUGGCAUGGUAAAGGAGGCUAAUCAUAACGUACUGGCGCCAUACGGCCGGAUCACACUACACGUCUUUGUAGAAUUGAACUACGACUUUUUGGUCAAUUACUGUUAUAAUGCAGCCACAAAUCGCUUCAUUCGAACCAAAGUAAAUCUGUCGUCGUCACAGGCUAUACAGCGUGAGAAGCCGCCACAAAUGUCGCAUUACUAUCUGUGGGGCUCUAAGCAACUAAAUGCUGCUUAUUCCACUCAGUAUGGUCAGUACACUGGCUUUGUAGGAUCGCCGCAUUUCCAUGCCAUGUGCCGCCUGCUAGGCUACCAAGGCAUUGCAGUCGUCAUGGACAUUAUAUUGAAGGACAUUGUGAAGCCGCUUAUCCAGGGUUCGCUACUGCAGUUUACUAAGACGCUGAUGAUUGCCAUGCCUAAGUCUUGCAAGCUGCCUCGUUGCGAAUAUGGUUCGCCAGGAGUGCUAAGCUAUUACCAAGCCCAUCUUACCGACAUCGUGCAAUAUCCGGACGCAAAGACAGAGCUGUUUCAAUCGUUCCGGGAGUUUGGAAAUAGCAUUAUUUUCUGUCUGCUGAUCGAACAGGCGCUCUCCCAGGAGGAAGUGUGCGAUCUACUACACGCAGCCCUCUUCCAAAAUAUCUUCCCCAGGCCCUUUUGCAAAGAAAAUGAGAAGCCGGAGGCUAAGCAAAAGCGCCUUGAAGCCCAGUUUGCAAACCUGCAGAUAGUUUCCAAUGUGGAAAAGAUUGGCACUGCAAAGCAAGCCAUGAUAGCACGAGAGGGAGAUUUGCUGACACGGGAACGCCUUUGCUGUGGCCUAAGCAUCUUUGAGGUUAUUCUCAACCGGGUGAAGAGCUAUUUGGACGAUCCAGUGUGGUGUGGUCCCCCACCGGCAAACGGCAUAAUCCAUGUGGAUGAGUGCUCAGAGUUCCAUCGCCUCUGGUCGGCUCUGCAGUUCGUCUAUUGCAUUCCAGUGAGGGGAACAGAGUACACCAUCGAGGAACUCUUUGGCGAGGGUCUUAACUGGGCGGGCUGUGUCAUGAUCGUGUUGCUUGGCCAGCAGAGGCGGUUCGAGGCUUUGGACUUUUGCUACCACAUUUUGCGAGUUCAGCGCGUCGAUGGCAAGGAUGAGGACGUAAAGGGCAUUCAACUAAAGCGAAUGGUGGAUCGGAUUCGUCGGUUCCAAGUAUUAAACUCACAAAUCUUCUCCAUUCUCAAUAAAUAUUUGAAGGGCGGCGACGGCGAGGGCUCAAAUGUGGAGCAUGUGCGGUGCUUUCCACCGCCACAGCAUCCCUCGGUCAUAUCGUCAUCGUCGCACUACCAGGAUCCCCAAAAACUGCGCCAGAGCAUAAACAAUUGAAGGUAUUCUGACAAAGGAUGCAUUUAAGCUAAUCGCAUACAAAUAGAUUAUACUUAAUCGCAGUGGAAGUUAUUCCCCCCAGGAGGAAAGCCAAAUCAUUGGCAAAGCUACCCAAAUUAUGACAUUUUGUUUUGUCAGAGGGGUAAUAUUGGUUUAUUUAAAUUCCAUCUUAUUGGACAUCAGUUUUGAUAUGUCGCUUUCAAUCAUAUAGUACGUAAAAUGUUUUAUCCAAGCAAUUAUAUAUAGAUGUAAUAUUGAUACCCCUGCUAGGGCAUUCAUCUCAAGUACUCUUACAUUAUCCCAAAUACUCUAUUUUAAGCUCCCUAAGAUAUUAUGUUUGGCCUUCUGUAUUCCUUCGCUAAAAACAAACAUUAUUGUUUUGCUCUCCGAUUUGAAAAUCAAAUUAGCCAAAGAAUUGAUGACAGCACGGCGAAAUAAAACCUAAUUGGCUUUAAACACAA